AUGGCUGUUAAUCUUUCUAAGGCUAUCUCAGGUGUCUUGUACUUUCUACUUCUCUCUUCUACCUACAACUAUGUCGUUCAAGCUCAGACACAAAAUUAUAUCCAACCGAAUGGUGUAAUCGUUUGGGCAGAAUUGCCAACAAUGCCAACUCCUCAAAGUAAUCCUGAUACUACACCUAUAGUGGAAGUCGUUACCGUCUAUCUUUAUAAAAUGGUCAAAGAUUUCAUUUUCUUUCUUCAACCUAACGAUUUACCUUAUGCUCAAAUCAACAGCGUCCUGAAAGGUGCCAAAGUUAUUCCUUCCACUGGUAGUGCUACUGGUUUUACCUUUAACCGCGAUACUAUUACUUUAUUAGUAGCUCAGGCUGCAGAAUAUGAGGCACCAUUUUGGGCUAUGGCCAUUCUAGGAAUAAUCAUCGGUAUCGUUUUGCCAAUUGUCGGCCUCAUUUUCUGUAUUUGCCGAUGUCAAGGAAAUUGUGGUGGCGAAUUGGUUCAAAGACCCCCUAAAACUGAAAGAUAUACGCGUUUUUGUUAUUCCUUUUGGUUGGUUAUAUUUGCUACCUUCAUCUUGGCCGGAGGGAUUUGCUCCAUCUUUGCUGUUAGCGAAUUGCUCUAUGCUUAUAGCACUGGUCUACCAACAGUUCAAAAAGCAAGAACAGAUGUACAAAGUUUUGUCGAUAAAGGAAAAAAUCAAAUUCAAGACAUUGUGGUUACUAAAUCGAAUUUCAUGCUGGAUCAAGUCUCUGUCAGAGUUAAUGGAUUGCCUACAAGUAUUAACGAUUUUGUUUGCCAUUCUAACGAACAAACCAUUGUCAAUAACGUUAAGAAUAUUCAAAUUAAUAUGGCCCAAACUAGUUCAGACAUACGAAAUAUCAUGCAUCAAAGAAAUCGAUUGAUCAGCUUACAGCAAGAAAUUAGCAAGACCUUAGCGGAUGCAAGAACCAACAUUACCAAUUCUAUCGUAUUUUGCGGCAAUGCUUGUUCUAAUUUUACAAUCAAUGUUAACACAGCUCAAUUUUCAGCAGAUUUCUCUCAGAUGCAAGAUUUAACCAAUAUAAAAAAUGAUAUUGAUCAACUCAUUGCUGCUAAACUAGCAACGCUAGCAGCUCAGGGUUGCAAUCUAGUCACAACUUCAGUUUCUUCUGCCAUGACUAACACUAAGCAAGUUGCUAAUCAAGCGAUUACUACCGCCAGAAUAGCUUUUACCAAUCAAUAUAACUUUUUUGUUCAAAUAACCGAUGAUACGUUUAAUCCACUAUUAAGCCAAGAUACUCAGAAAGACGUUAUUGAAGCUAUUGGUCCUAAUGGUGUUGCCACUAGUAUUUAUCAUGCUUCCAUGAUUUUUUUCAUCUUCUUUGGAGCCGUGAUCAUUCUUGUCUCCCUCUUCCUCUACAUUGGUGUACUAUUAGGCUGCAUUGGUUAUAAAAAAGGAAUUGAUUCACGAAAUAGAACUCGAACUUCCAAUGCUGGUGGACAUAUGUUAAUGGCAGCUGCAUCCAUCUUGAUCAUUUUGGGAUUUUUCUUCUUCAUCAUUUCCGCUAUCAUGUUAUUUGCUGGUUCUAAUGCAGCCUUAAUUUGUCCACGAAUUGUCUCUCUGGAAGCGUUCGAGAAGACUAUUGAUAAUAAGACUGCGUAUGGCGAAUAUCCAUUGGGAGUUUUAUGGCUAAAAGAUGGCAACGCACCAGUUAAAUUUUCAUCCAUUGUCAGGAACUGCCAACAUAACAGCUCACUUUAUAGGACAUUUCAGCCUAUCGUUGAUUACUAUAAUUGGUCUGUAGCUUUUGAUACUUUACAAGCAAAAAUUAAGUCUCUUAAUGGCCAAUUAAAUAAAACUGUAGACUUUGUCAAUAAUGUCAAUGUUAUGCCAGCUAAUCUUCGUAGCAGCUUACAACGCUAUCGUAUGGAUACACAAAUGAUCAAUUAUGCAUCAUUUUCAAACGUGCUACAGCAGCCAAUGACCAAUGGUGUUGAUUUGCUACAAUUAGCUCAACAGCUAGAAGAUUAUCUCAAAUCAUUUACUACUGUCCCGCUUAAUAAUAGAAAGCCAUACGAUCUUGCCGUUGCUAGCUUUCGAGCAAUGGACGCAAAAAUUAAAAGCCAAAUUAUCCCAGAUAAGAAUCAACUAAAUGCUAAUUUGACAGCUCUGAAAUCGAUCUCACAAACAUCAAUGACUACAAUUAAUAAUACUAUUCAAACUGCUGACGAUGGAACCAGACGAUUGAAAGUUAGCAAUAAUAUUACAUUUUAUCAGCCUGUUAAUAGCGCUAGAGUCAAGAUUAACUCUUUCACUAUUCAAUACAACAAUUACGCUAAUUACACUUUGGUAAAUGUAGCUAGUCCUACCGGUUUACUUGGAAAUGCAUGGAAUGGCCUUACAACAUUGGGUUGCCAUCGAUUAUUAGAUGGAUUCAAUAGCUAUUGGUUUUCUAUUGGGAUUUCCGAAUUUUUCUUCAUCCCAGUCAUUAUCAUGGCUAUUAAAUUCGCUAAAUUUUUACGAAUCAUGAAGUAUGAAUACGCUGAUCACCACACUGUUGCGAAAAAAUCACAAGUUGCACCAUCAAAUGAAGAUAUCAAGAAACAUUUAAUUGAAGAGAAAUCAUCCAGUCGGGAUAUCGAAGAAGGCCUGAAUAAUGCACCUCCAGAAAAAGAUAAUCAAGCUGAAUUUGUCGAAUUAAAUAAGGUAAAAUCGAAAGCUGAAGAAGCCAAGAAUGAUGUUGAAGAGCCCAAAGCGUUAGAAGUUGCAACUGAAGUUGUAACAGUUGAAGGGGCUGCUGAAUAUCAUGAUCAACCUAAAGAAAUCGAGUUGAAGCAGGAACAUGAAGAUUCCAAUCAUACUCAAGUUGGUGUUGUUAAAAGUAAAUUAGAGUUGGCAGAUGAAGACGAAAAGGAUGAUGUUGAAGAUGUAGAAAAGAAAGUUAAGUUUGAAGAAAACAAAAUUGAAGAGAAUGUAACUGCUAAACAAAGCAAUGAUGUCACUAAGACUGUUGAUAGCGAUGUGGCUUCGAAAUCGGUAUCGAAGAAGAAAAGGAAAAGACGAAAUAAGAAAAAAAAGUCAAGUUCCAGUCUGCUUCAGGCAGCUGAUGAUAGCGCUGUGGUAGCAGGUGCAGCGGUUGUAGCUGAUGAUUCUAGACCUCAGACUGCUCCGGAUCAAAUAUCACCUAGGAAAUUGAAUAAAGUAGGAUUACCGACACCAUCCAAUGUAGUGGAUGUUGAAGCUCCUGAUGAAAGACUCAGAUCGAAGCAUGAUGAUCUUCCAAAACCAGUUGCAGUAGUUCCAAAAGAAGUCAAUCAUGAGUCUGAAGACUAUGCUGAUCAUCAUCAGAUCAUUGAAUAUGUUCCACCAUCAGUUCCGCAUAAACCGGUUCGACAAUCAAGUAUACGUUAUAUCCAACCUCAAAAUCCACAUCCAUCGACGAUAACGAUGCGUCCAUCACCGAUUGUCCAACAAAAUCAGAGCCAACAGCAAUCUGUUGUAGCAACAUCUUCACCACCAAGACGUAUAGUCCAACCUGUUAGAACUGGUAGUUCACCAGCUAUACGCCCUGUCCGUCAAAUGCCUGUAACUCCAAUCGGAACGCCAGUCUAUCAGCAAUCAACUGCUCAACAGCACCCUCCUCCAACCUAUUCGGUAGUUACAAGGCCGAUUAAUCCAUCAGCUCAGGCUCAACCACGUAUUAUGCAACAGGUUCAACGCAAUUCUCCAGCACAAUUUAAUCGCUAUCCUCAAGGCCAACCCGUUAGAACCGUUAUUGCUUCUCCACAGCAAGCUGUUCAAGAAGGUGUUAUUCCCGCUCAGCAAUCGCAAUAUAUUGCUACAACAGGUAGCAAUCCCGCUCAGAUGCUAUCACCAGUAACUCAAGUUAUGCAACCAAGACAGCAGACAACACCUCAACCGGUUCGAAUUAUGCAACAGCAAACCAGACCUCAACCAGUUCGAAUUAUGCAACAGCAAACCACACCUCAACCAGUGCAAGUUUUGCGCCAACAUGCUACUCCUCAACCAGUUCAAGUUAUGCAGCAACAAGCUCCAUCUCAGCCGGCUCAGGUUAUGCAGCAAGCGCCAUCACAAAUGCAUAUCUAA